ACUUUCACAAUCUCCUUGUAAAGAUCAUGCACAUUUACUUACAGCCUUUCCUUCUGCCUACAAGAGCAGCACGCCAGAGGAGAAAGAGGAAAAUGAGCAUGACUUCACCAGAAGAUUACCUUCGGCAGGACUGGAGGAUAGUCCGUGACAUUCCAAUGGUCUGCGCAUUUUCCUACCACUGGGAAAGGAUUGACAACUUCCAGAGCAGGCCAGAUGACAUCGUGAUAGCCACAUACCCCAAAUCUGGCACUACAUGGAUGAGUGAAAUUGUGGACAUGAUUCUGAAUGAUGGAGAUCCUGACAAAUGCAAGAGGGAUGUAAUUUUCAACAAAGUGCCCAUGUUGGAAUUUGCUGCCCCUAGAAAGAUGCCAUCAGGUACAGAGAAACUGGCUGAGAAGUCAUCUCCUCGUUUAGUGAAAACUCACCUCCCAGUCCAGCUCCUUCCAAUGUCCUUCUGGGAAAAUGGCUGCAAGAUGAUCUAUGUUGCUCGAAAUGCCAAAGAUGUAGCUGUCUCCUUCUACCAUUUUGACCAGAUGAACAAGCUACAUCCAGACCCUGGCACGUGGGAGCAAUACAUUGAGAAAUACAUGGCAGGCAGAGUUGCGUAUGGUUCCUGGUAUGACCAUGUGAAAGGCUGGUGGAAGAAGAGAAAGGACCAUCCCAUUUUAUACCUGUUCUAUGAGGACAUGAAAGAGGAUCCAAAGCGUGAAAUUCGCAAGGUUAUGCAUUUCCUGGGGAAGGAUCUGAAGGAAGAGGUUCUGGACAGGAUCGUCUAUCACACUUCAUUUGAAAUGAUGAAAGAGAAUCCCACCACAAAUUAUAAGAUGACCCCAAAUGAUGUUAUGGAUCAAAACAUCUCCCCUUUCAUGCGUAAAGGAAUUGCUGGGGACUGGAAGAAUCACUUUACUGUGGCCCAGAAUGAGACAUUCAAUGAAGAUUACGAGAGGAAAAUGGCUGGGACCACACUGCAGUUCCGAACAGAGAUCUGAAGGAGCCUGGCAUCUUAGUGCUGUAGUUCUAAUAGAUGGGUCUCUGUCGUUUCUGUUGAGAGUAGCUUCCCCCCUCACCCUACUCCUUUCUUCAACUAGAAGUAGUACACUGAGAAGUGUCUCUGCCCUGGUGAUGGUCAGACACUUGAACCUGGAGUCUUGGGCCAUCUAGACCAUGGUGUAGUUACACUGCAGAGCAGAGGAAUUGUUUCAAGAGUCUGGGAUUCCAUAUAGGGUCUGAGUAGCAGGGAAGGCUCCUUGUUCUGUGCUUAACCCCACCACACACACACCUUCUUUUAUGUUAGACUUUGAAUACUGGCCAGGUUCAAGUGAGGCACUUGGUUGGUCCUUCUCUGCAUCUGUCUCGCCCUGUAAAAACAGCUGGAACGAUGGAAGGGCAAACCUCACAGCCUUCACAGGAACGUCACAGCCUUCACAAGAAGCUUCUAAAACUCUAAGAGAAGAGGGGCUUGUAGUCAUUAUUGGGGAAAGAGCAACAUGUCACCAAGACAACCAAAGCCACCAGUGAGGCUGAAGCCAGGCAAUUGCUCAAUAAGACACUUUAACAAGGGAGUGGGGCAAACAGAAGGGGAGAGGUAGCUUGGUGGGGAGGGAGGUGCUGGGGAGAUUCAGUGAAGAGAAAAAUGAAAUAGUGGAAUUUGGUUUGGGAAAGGAGGCUUUCUUGAUUUUGAAGGUAUUAAUUGUAGAUGUAUAUGAGAACUCCUGUAUAAAACUACUUCUCCUUCUUCUAGUUUAUGCUGAUUUUACAAAGUCAAAUUCUACAAAUCUGAUUAAAACUGAAAAGUGUUUGCUCACCUGUGUAGCUUAGGCUAUUCAGGUUCUUGUAGCCUUCCUGUCACCCUGGUAUCUGUGCACCUUCCAUUCACCAAUGCAACAAGCAGCGUGUGCCUCCUUCUUCAACCCUCUUCCCCAAGGGGAACACUUGCAAGUGGGGACUUUUGAGUGUGUGCCUGGGUGCACAAGGGGAUCUCUUCUGCAAAUAAGUGCUGCUUAACAUGAGGAAAGGCUGCCCCCUAGUUUUGUUAAUGAGCAGAGCAGUGAGCAAAAAUACCAGCAGGGUUCACAUGAGUGGAAAAUAAAAUGUCUUUAUGAUGAA